AUGGUUCUCACCGGACACUGCCUGUGCAAGGCCGUCACCUACUCCAUUGACGUCGACAAGCCUAUCAUCACGGGCUACGACCACUGCGACGACUGCCAGCGCCAGACCGGCUCUACCUACUCUCUCGUCGCCGUUGUCCCCAAGGACAAGCUCACCAUCAACGGCCCCACCAAGAGCUGGGCUGGCAAGGGCAGCUCUGGCAAGGAUGUCCACCGCAUUUUCUGCUCCGAGUGUGGCUCCCCUAUUGCCCAUGACCCUGAUGCUGCCCCGCCGAUCAUUGCCAUCAAGGCCGGUACUCUCGACUCGGAGAUCAAGAAGAACCUGAAGCCGGACACCGAGAUCUGGACUGUUGGCAAGCUUCCCUUCUGCCAGGAAUCCCUUGCCCAUCCUUUCCCUCACAUGCCGGAAUAA